GAUCAUGGUGGCGCCAUGUACUCUGCAUCUUGGGGAAAGACUUGGAUGGCUAUUUUGGGUGUGUAUGAUUGGGAAGGAAGCAACCCAACGCCACCAGAGUUUUGGUUCCAUCAAACUCUAGUCCCUUUGCAUCCAUGUAAGCAUCAUAUGUUAUGCUACUAUAAUUUGACAUUCAUGCCUAUGUCGUAUUUGUAUGGAAAGAGGUUUGUAGGGGCCAUCACACCUCUCAUUCAACAACUUAGAGAAGAAAUCUACAACCAACCCUACGAUCAAAUCAAAUGGGCCAAAGUCCGCCAUUGUUGUGCAAAGGAGGAUAAGUACUACCCUCAUGGUAGAUUACAACGCCUAAUAUGGGAUAGUUUUUACUAUGUGGCUGAGCCUCUUCUGAAUAGCAGGUUCUUCAAAAGGAUAAGAGAGAGUGCUGUCCAAAAAGCAAUAGACCAUAUUCAUUAUGAAGAUGAGAACAGUCGGUAUAUUACCAUUGGAUGCAUAGAAAAGCCAUUGAUGAUGCUUGCUUGCUGGGUGGAUGAUCCCAAUGGUGAAUAUUUUAAGAAGCAUAUUCCAAGAGUUGCUGAUUACUUAUGGAUUGCAGAAGAUGGAUUGACCAUGCAAAGCUUUGGGAGUCAGACAUGGGAUGUUAGUCUUUCAAUUCAAGCUCUGCUUGCUGCGAAUGUCAGUAAUGAAAUUGGACCUGUACUGAAGAAAGCACAUGAGUUUUUGAAGAUGUCACAGGUGAGGGUUAAUCCUUAUGGUGACUACUUAGCCCAUUUUCGCCACACUUCUAAAGGAGCAUGGACUUUCGCUGAUAGAGAUCAUGAUUGGCAAGUUUCUAAUUGUACUGCAGAAGCUCUCGAGCGUUGCUUGAUGCUCAAAACCUUGCCACCGGAACUUGUGGGUGAGCCAAUGGAACCGGAGUGUUUAAACGAUGCAGUUAAUGUCGUACUUUCGCUACAGAGUAAAAAUGGUGGUUGGCUGAAUCCUGUGGAGUUCCUUGAGGACCUUGUGAUUGAAUACGAGUACGUAGAAUGCACUUGCUCUUCAAUUCAGGCCUUGGUUUUAUUUAGGACGUUAUUCCCCGGGCAUAGGAAGAAAGAGAUAGAUGAGUUUAUCACCAAGGCUGUGACAUACGUGGAACAAAUUCAAAUGCCAGAUGGCUCAUGGUAUGGGAAUUGGGGAAUAUGCUUUGUGUAUGGGACAUGGUUCGCAAUCAAAGGGUUGGAGGCAGCUGCGAAGAACUACUAUAACUGUGAGGCUGUGCGCAGAGGUGUUGAGUUUUUGCUUAAUACACAGACAGAGGAUGGUGGUUGGGCCGAAAGCUACACUUCAUGCCCUAACAAGGUAUACACACCACUUGAAGGAGACCACUCAAAUCUGGUGCAGACUGCAUUCGCAUUGAUGGGUUUAAUCCAUGGUCAACAGGCUGAUAGAGAUCCAACUCCUAUACAUGCAGCUGCAAAGCUUUUAAUAAAUUCCCAAUUGGAAAAUGGGGAUUUCCCACAGCAGGAAGUUAUGGGGGCAUUCUUUAAGAAUUGCACGCUGCAUUAUGCAGCUUACAGGAACAUUUUUCCAUUGUGGGCUCUUGCUGAAUACCGGAAUUUAGUCGCAUUUUCUUCUAAUUAAACGAAGAACAAGCAAAUUGUGGUUCCAUUUAGUUAUAUGGUAUGUUCAUUUUCACUUUUUAUUAAAAAUACUCUUAGCACUGGUUGAUGGCCGCGGAUGCCAGCUGUUUGUCACCAGCCAACAGGAUAAUAAUUUGUGGCUCAUUGGCUCCUUGCAACUCGCAUAUUUUAUCAAGUGGUGUUUGGGGAAAAUGGACAUACUUGCCCAAGGGAAA